AUGAUAGAGCACUACCCAUCACAGGCCCUCUUCGGGCUGACGCUUGCCAUUGCCACUAUUUUGCUGCUUGCAUGGGCCCAUUGGCGCUCUCGACCUACGCUUCCACUACCACCUGGUCCGCCUUCUGAGUUUCUUCUGGGCCAUUCCCGUGUAAUACCCAGGGAGAAUGCUGCAGCAGUAUACGCGAAAUGGUCGAAAGAAUACAAUUCCGAUAUCAUACAUGUCAGGUCCUUGGGCCGUUCUACAGUCGUCCUCAAUAUCGUAGAGGUGGCCAGGGAUAUCCUGGAGAAGAAAGGCGCCAACUUUUGUGACCGACCCAGAUUUACGCUACUGGAAGUCAUGGGAUGGGGAAAGACUCUGACAUUUCUUCCAUUUGGAAAACGCUGGCAAAUGCACAGAAAGUUACUCCAGACCUCGUUUAGCAACACAAAUGUCCGUCAAUGGCAUAGUCUGCAGACAAAAGAAGCCCGACGAACAAUUCGAAAUAUACUCAAGAAGCCUGAAACUUGGGAAACGUCUUUACGCCGGCUUGCGGUUGCUAUCGUCCUACAAGUGAGCUACGGCACUCAAGUGCUAAAGGACGACGACCCCUACAUCCAAAUCGCCAAUGAUGCCAUGUAUGCCACUGGUAAUGGUGGAGUUCCCGCCAACAGUAUUGUUGAUCUAGUUCCAUUUGUUCGCUAUCUCCCCGACUGCAUUGUCCGCGACUUGUCCUUGCGAUUCGCCCGACAAUGGCGCUGGGCUAUUAAAAAAAUUCACAACGUCCCAUUUGCUGCUGCACAAGCUGAAUAUGUGACACAUCAACUCCUCCGUGAGUACAAGGAAAAGGAGUUCCAUGGUCAGGAACAACAAUGGUCCCUUGACGAUAUCAAAGGUGCGGCAGGGGCGGUUUUUAUCGCAGGAGCAGAUACGGUGAAACGUGGCUUCCGGACAUGGGCUACAUGUGUAAUCUUCAUUCUUAAUAUGGUUCUUCACCCGGAAAUACAGGAGAAGGCUCAUAAAGAGCUUGAUACGGUGAUUGGAUCUGAUAGACUGCCUGGCUUCUCAGACCGGCCCGCUUUGGUUUAUAUCGAACAUAUUGUCCAUGGGAUUUAUCGGUGGUCACCACUGGCUCCUCUGGGGAUACCACACAAAUCGCUCCACGAUGAUAUCUACAAGGGCAUGCUCAUUCCUAAAGGUAUAUCUGAGGCAAAAAUCUCGUGGGGAGGGUGUCUGAUAAGUACCAGGACUGUGGUCUAUGCUAACGCUUAUACCAUGGCUCAUGACGGGCGGGUCUACAAAAACCCCCACGAUUUCAACCCUAACAGAUAUGAAGCUAGGGAACUAUUUCCUGUUGGCAAUUUUGGAUUCGGGCGCCGGGUCUGCGUCGGUCGGUUUCUGGCCGACAAUAGUGUCUGGAUCAUGGUAGCAACGAUGUUAUCCGCACUUCAGUUCUGUAAGAUGUCUUCGGAUGGGAAGCCCAUUGAGCCCCGAGUCCGAUUUACCAAUGGCGGAACCUGUCACCCCGAGCACUUUGACUGUGUCAUCAAACCGCGGAACCUCAAAGCUGAGGCACUUGUCGAAAGCGAUUAG